AUGUUAAAUCUCAUUCCCAAAAGAAUCGUAUCAACAUCCUUACUCUUUGGAAAAAGACCAAUCCAAAGGAUUCGAGUUGGUGAAAAUAAAGAUGUUUUAGAAUUAAGUUUAAGCGAUGUAAAUUCAAUUUAUGACGAUAUUGAUGAAAGUGUUGAGCUACAUAAUAAGGAUUAUAACCCUUUGAAAUAUAAUAAGUACAUAAAAUAUAAAAUGUCAGCUUUAAAUUUAAUUGAUGCUUAUAAAAGUGAGCAGAACCAAAAAACGGCAUUAACGAAUAUAAAAUGGUAUGCAAAAAUUAAGGAUUAUUUUUUUAUUAAAUUUUAUAAAAAUCAAGUGGAAUUAAAGGAAAAAAUGGUACCAAAAUUUUUUUAUCCAAUUAAUAAAUCUUUAUAA